AAAAAUUCUAUUUUUAUUACAAUUGCACUCAUUUUUUGUCAAAUUUUGUAUUAUAUUCAUUUUUUUUUAAAAUUACUAUGAAUUCUUAAUAUUACGAUGUUUUUUUAACAAUAAAAUUUCAAUGGCUACACUGCCAGUCACUGAUAAACUACAUUACCGAUCUAACCUACAUAAGCCGUGUGCCCACAUUGAGUUAGUACUCAAUCCAUUCUUUACUGUUUAAUAUAUAUUUAUUUUUAUACUUAUGGCUGAAGAAACAGACAGUGGAGUUGGUUCAAUGCCUGACAGUAGUAAAGAUUGUACGCCUGAGAAAAAAAGGAGGCUGUCCUCUUCGUUUGAUGAAGAUGACGAAGAUGAUGAAACUUUUUCUGAACGAUUAUGGGGUUUAACAGAGAUGUUUCCUGAAAAAGUUCGUGAUGCUUCAUUUUCAGCAUUCUGCGGAACAAAACAUGGAUUAAAAAGUUUAUACUCCUUUGCUCGAACAUCAAUGUGGAUAAUAUUCAGUAGUUCAGCCAUUCUUCUUGCACCUGUGAUGUUUGAAGUUGAAAGGGCACAAGUUGAAGAAGCACAGAGAUCUGAACAACGACAGGCACUACUGGGACCUCAUACUGCAAUAGCUGGUGGACCUCCCCCAAUUCGUUAAAUAAUCUAAACAUCUAGUUAUUUCUUCUUUUUUUUUUUUUUUUUUAAUUUUUUUAUUUUAUAUUACAAUACAAUUUUUUUGUAUGUACUUAGUUGUUUGUUAGUAAAAUGUUUAUGCAGUUAGAAUUUUAAAAUCAAUUGUAUAAAUGAAACAAACCAUUGCAGGUAUUCUACCCUGGAAGAUGAGUCCUUGCAUGGUCUAGUCUGAUUAAUAUUUUAAUUUUCGCAUUUGUUGAUUAAAUAUAUAUAAAAAAGUCAAGUAUAGCUUACUUUGGAACCCUUUAAUCAUUUUAUCAAUACUUUCAUUUGUUAGUUUGUAGAAAUCAGCCUAGCUAUCCAAAGCUACUAAUAUGUACAGAUGUUGAAUAUGUGAAAGAAGAUUUAUGUUGCUCAUCUCUAUUGGUAGAUCGUUAUGAGACACCUUUAUUUUUGUUAAAUAUUAAAUUAUUACUUUGUGUAAUCACUUUUAUAAGUGAUAGUGAAAUUAGUAAUAUUAAAGAAACUCCACUUUCUUGUGCACAGUUUAAGAAAAAUAUUAGGGAGCUUAUAUAAUAAGUUAACUAUGCUUGUAGUUAGUUGUCAAGUUUUGUUUUGUAAUAUAAAAAACAUGAACUUUUCUUGCAUCGAUUGAAAUUAUUAGUUUGUUUUUUCUACUAUAUUUGAAGGUGUAUAUAUGCUCAUUUAUUUUCAUGGACCAUUACGUCCUUGCGUGAAAAUAAUUCAAUGACAAAAUGAGAUUUUGAAGUAUUGGAAAACAAUUUUUUUUACUUUUCCACACCAAAUCAAUAUAUCAAUACCUAUUGAUAUUUUUUAUUCUAAGUAAUUUGAUUAUUACAUUAGUGAACAAACUUUCAUUUUCCUAUUUAACCUGUACUGACUCUUAGAGGUUAUUAAAGACCAAGAUUAAUAGUUGAUUACUGAACUUGUAUGAACUUAGUAUCCCUAAACUGUAGGAAUAAACUUUCCACCUGUUAUGAAGAAUGGUAUUACAUUGUGUUAAUAAAUAUAUAUUCUAUAAUAAUUAGCAAAUGAAGAGAUAUAGUUCACCUUUUAUGUUUACCAAACUUCGAUUGCUUAUCUGAAGGUGAUCUGAAAGAGUGUCGUAUUAUCUCCUCAAAAGUAUGACUAUGUUUCAGUGAAGUAAAAAAAUAAAUGUAAUUUGGCCUG